GUUGCGCGAGCAGUACAUAUUACAAUACGUAACGUUAAGAUAGUAGUAACCAUACCUCCUUUCAUCCAAACUGAGGAGUAAAUAGCAAAAGGAAAACGCCAACCGGUAGUCUGAUGUUUUGUAAAUUGAAGAAAUUCCCAAAAUGAGCGACAAAUCCAGGAGAACCUUUCUUUUUGGAAUCACUGCUGUGCUAAUAUUUUGCUCAUUCGCUACAGUACAGUCUCAAAGAUAUAUGUGGAUAUUCGCAAGCAUUUGUGCAUCCAUGCUGCUAAUAAUCGACUUGAUGUUUUUUGGCGUCGAUAAAUUUAACUACGAUCCAUUUUACUCCAACUGGGAGAAAAAGCAUUUGUGAGACGGACAUACGCAGCUGGCUGUAGCUGGCGUGCGACGCGCGGUGGAACCACGCCCCUGUACGCGAAAUGAACACCAUUUGCAGUAAAUUGUAAAAACAUAUGGCAUACAGUGCCAUAUACUAUAUGAUACAGCACAGCACAUUGCAGCAUAGCGUGUGGUACUCCUAUGUUGUACGCUUUCCCUUUUUUAAGUUUUAUUUUUAAUUCAUUUCUUGUAGCCUUUUUUUUUUUUUUUUUUUCCUCCGCGGAAUGUUUUUUUUUAUGUCGCUGCUUUAACGAAAACAGUUUUCUCUUAAUGCUUUGAUAAUGCUAAAAAGAAUGAAUGUCGGA